ACGUAGUUGGUUAAAGUUUUGAAAAGUUUGAUGASUGGGUUAUCUCUUGGCUUACGCCGUGGGAUUGUACACAGGACCUCUUGUGACAUCAAUGCUAAUAUAUUUACCGUUAAUGGAGGGACAAAGAUUGGGGACCAGCUGCAUUAAACAAGAGCCAUUGAGCACAGCCUGUUAUGAAUUCGAGUCCUACAAGGACAUUUUGCCUUCUGGAAGUGGUCAAGACUGUGAUGAAAUGCAUUGUAUGAAUUCUUUGGAUGUGAAUGGCAAUGAAAUAAGAACUAAAGUUUCCUCGGAACAAAGGCCGUCCGUUGAUGAAUGGAUCGGGAAAUAUCACCAUUGCAGCAUCACGAAUAAUAAUAAGGGUUCUUUAGAUGGUUUACUCCGACCAAACAGCUAUCGAGGRAUUGUAGAAUCUGGUAGUGAAUGUGUUGGAAAAAGUACCAUAAUAAAGCCAAUGGGCCCUAUCUGUGGUAAGCAGGAUGGAACUUCGCUCGUUAAUCAGCCAGUCUUUAUGCAGCUUGGAACUUUGCUUCAUCGUACUCAAACAACUCUAUUAUCAACCCUUAUGCAACAAAAAGAACAGCCGAGUAGGAGAGAUGGCAGUCAUUCGAGCGACAACGUUCAUUCAAGAGAGUUGUCUAUGGACAAAAACUCGAACAACAAAUCGAAUAGUAACUCUGACACAAGAGACAAAACCAUGGUCAGAGGUAACAUUCAUUGGGGCAACAAUGUUAGUAUGAACGAUGAAAAAACUGAUUUAUCAAUGARCGACCAAACAUCGAUGAACAUGGUCGAAGAUCGACUUUACAACACACUCGUUGAGGAAGCCAUUUCCAGGAUUUGUUCYACAAAGGAACAGAGAACCGUCGAAAUAAACGAAAUGGAAGUGAUACAAUACAAGUGCUUUUUCUGUCUAAAGCAAUUUUUAUCGGUUCAGAAUCUACAGAGACACUUAGUGACACAACAUUCACACUUUGGUGGAACGUUUAAGUGUUCUUGUGGUGAUUCAUUCUUCAGAAAAAAAAAUUUCGCUUAUCAUUUAUCUCUCCAUGGCAAAGAUGGAAUCUCUUCUUGCAAAUACUGCAAGAAAAACUUCUUWUCCGUCGAUGCGUUAGCUGAACACUUAGCAAGUCAUGAUCCCAAGAAGCAGAAAAGUAGGAAAGUUKGUAGAAGAAAGAAAUAUAUCUGUAAGUACUGCGACAAACCAUUCACRCACUACUUUGCCUGGCGUCUUCAUGUUAAGUCACACAGUGAAGCGGAGCUGUUCUCCUGCCAACUUUGCAAUAAUUGGUACCUUAGUCUGCGCUCGCUCAGCGAUCAUAUCAUUACACACAUGCGAGAUAAGAAACCCAAGUGUCCUGUUUGCUGCAAAGUCUUCAGAUUCAAAGAAGAUUACUUGAAUCAUCAGAAAGAAAACUGCAGUCUCAUGCAAAUAAGAUGCGAGAAACAUCGAUGCUAUGAAGCUUUUUUUACUUGGCAAGAAUACUCUGAGCACAUGUCRUCAAUUCAUCAUUUUAGAUGCACGAUAUGUGGAAAAAGCUUUUCAAGAUGGGAGAAGCUACAGGAGCAUAACCUGCUCCACACCGGCGAGAAACCUCGACAAUGCGACAUCUGCGGUAAGAGCUUCCGAACCAAGCAAAUUCUGAAAAAUCACCAAAGAACGCAUUCCGAAGUCAAGUCAUUCCGCUGUAAGUUUUGUGAGAAGAGUUUUACACAGAAAAGCGCGCUGUUAAGGCACGAGAGGACUCACAUUCAGGGCGUAAAAGAUCAUUGUUGUUAUCAGUGUGGCAAGGUUUUCACUCAGUCUUGUUCGUUACAAAGACAUUUACGCAUUCAUACUGGAGAAAGAUUCAAAUGCACAAAGUGUUCUGCGACCUUCAUCGAAGCUUGGAGAAUGCGUGUUCACAUGAAGAAAAAACAUUGACAGCUAACAAGGUUACUGGAACAUWGACGGGAUGAUUUGAUGAUUCAUCAUUCUUUAUCUUUUCCUCAUUUUUUAUUUCCUUGUUAUUUGUUUAGCUUUAUGUCAUAGAUUUGUUCCUACUAUAAUGCAACUAUAGUGCAGUGACGACAUUUUCUACUACAAUGCAUGAUGUUGUACUCGCAUUUCUUUAUGGCCGCUUAGAUAGAACUCCAAAGCUGUUUUGCUAUUUCUUUGCUUCUGAUAGUAAUCUUUGAGCAAGAGAAUGUGCUGUCAUAUAACACAGCGGCUAUCCGCGUUGAACCGGAGAAAGGAGUAUUUCUCUUGUUUAUUUUAUCACAACGAAAAUUCGAAAAAAUAUAUAAUAAU